AUGCUUGUCAGCAUCAAUCAGAGUCGAUUCAAAACACAAAAACAACAAGAGAACGAGCCGCACAGUAAACAGCCGCGAGCGGCAAUUAAAGGCAAGAGGAAUAAGAAGAAGCAGCCGCCGACAAAUAAACCUCGCGUGUGGCUUUAUAGCAGAGCAGCGCUCGUUAAGUGUAUUAGUGGUGGUGGUGGUGGUGGUGUUGGUGGUGACAGCGGCAUGGCCAUUAGCCGGGGGCGCGGCAAUCGCACGCACUCUUGGUUUCUACUCAAAGAUUCGGUAAUAUUUGUGUUGGUGAUGUGUGUGCUGCAGCUGCUGCAGGCGCAUGCAUUAAACAAGCUGGUAAUAAACGCAGAGAUGCUGCGCGCCAACGCCAGUGGUGGUGCAGACCAGCGGCGGCCCACAACUAAUGCUGCGAGUAGCAGUAAUGCGUUAAACGCUGUGGAACGCGGAGUAAAACAGCUAAUGGAGAAGAUAUUUCUAAGCGAGAAUUUAGUAGAGCAAACCAAAGAAGCGGUUGAGAAAUUAGCAACCGUGGGCUCAAAGCAAGCGAGUGCCAGCAACAGUAUUAGUAAUAGUAUAAAUAGGAGUAGUGGACGUAGUAGUAGCAACAACAACAACACCAGUAACCACAAUUAUAGCAUAAGUAACAGUAGCAAUACAAGUAACACGUCCUCAGUGCCGCAAACCGGCAGCAACAAAACGUUUACGCCAAUUAGCGCCAAGCCAAAUGAUAAAUCACCAGCGGCAAUUGAAAGUGUCACAAACGAUGUGAGCAGCACGAAUACACAGAAUAGUACACAAUUUAUCAAAGCUGUUGGCGCUCAGCCACCAGCACAAGUUGACGCAAGUAACCCCUCAGCGAGUGGAAAUGCCACCGCCAGCGUAACUGGCGGCAGCCACCAAACGAAACGCAUUGCCAUCACUAUGCCCGAGCAUAUACGUGAAAAUGUUGUGCUCUCCUCGCUGGAUCCCGAAAAGGAGGCACAGUUGUUGUACGAACAAACACUGCUGGAGUAUCAUGGCAGUGUGCAGGCAGCUGCCGCAAGCAAUGACAACCCAGCGGCUGCGUCUACUGAUAAGCCGGCGUUAUUGGGUAGUGAACGUGCAACACCAUUGGCAGGCGCAUCAGCGGAUCGUUUGCCGCGCACUCUGCAUGCCGUUUGUGAGGUGUGGACACAGAAGCAUUGCCACUGCACGGGCACUUUGGAGCGGCUGGCACUAAGCUGUCGUGGCAUAGGCAUUGUAGCGGUGCCAGUGGAGCUGCCCGAUGAUGUUGUGUCAUUAGACUUGGGCAACAACAACAUAACAACAUUUGAGGCUAACACAUUUUUUAUGGUACCAAACCUCGAAGAAUUAACUUUAUCCGACAAUAGCAUCAUUAAUAUUGAUCCGAAUGCAUUUUAUGGACUUGGUAAAUUGAAACGUCUGAAUUUACAAAAUUGUGGCCUUAAAUCAUUGCCAGCGCAUGCGUUUCAAGGAUUGAAGAAUUUAAUUUCGCUUCAGCUGAAUGGCAACGCCUUAGCCAGCAUGGACACGGACAGCCUGCAGCAUCUGCCAAAAUUGCGCACUCUACGCCUCGAGGGCAAUCUAUUCUAUCGGAUACCGGCAAACGCUUUGGCUGGAUUAGAGGCACUCGAAGCACUAAAUCUUGGCAGCAACCUUCUGACAAUAAUCAACGAUGACGACUUUCCACGCAUGCCAAAUUUAGUUGUGCUACUUUUAAAACGCAAUCAAAUUAUGAAAAUCUCAGCGAAUGCAUUUGCAAAUCUAACAGCUUUAAAGGUUUUAGAACUGGAUGACAAUUUGAUCAACAGCUUGCCUGAGGGAUUGAACAAGUUAACACAUUUACAGGAAUUAUCUGUCACCAGCAAUCGCCUGCGUUGGAUAAAUGAAACAGAUUUGCCUAGAAAUUUACAAACGCUAGAUUUUCGCGCGAAUCCAUUGUCGUUAAUAAUGCCGAGAGCAUUGCGUGGCAUGGCGAGGUUGCGUAAAUUAAUUCUUUCCGAUGUACGUGCACUCAAAGUAUUUCCCGAUCUUGAAGGCUGUUUCUCAUUAGAGAUUAUAAAAUUGGAUCGUGCCGGUAUUAAAGAAGUGCCAUCGAACCUGUGUCGUCAAACACCAAGACUGAAGAGCUUAGAGCUUAAAACUAAUUCCUUAGUGCGCAUUCCCAACUUAACUAAUUGCAGAGAAUUAAGACUGUUAGAUCUUUCGAGUAAUCACAUAGAAUCGCUCGGUGGGCGACCCUUCGUCGGCUUAAAGCAACUUCAUGAUUUAGUACUCUCUUACAAUCGCAUAAAGGCGAUACCACAGGAUGCCUUCUUGGGCAUUCCGCGACUGCAGUUGUUAGACUUGGAAGGCAAUGAAAUCACCUCAAUCCACAAAGAAGCCUUCAUGCCAUUUGCCAAAUUGGAAGACUUAAAUUUAGGCAAUAAUAUCUUCCCCGAACUGCCAUCGGCUGGCUUGAAUAAGCUGCUGCAUUUAAAGACUUUCAACAAUCCCAAAUUACGCGAAUUCCCAGCGCCUGAUACAUUUCCGCGCAUACAGACGCUGAUCCUCUCAUAUGCAUACCACUGCUGUCCCUUCAUACCGCUAGUAGCAAUGUCCGCCACGAAGAAGCCACCCCUAGUGCAAGAGGCAGUGCUCUUUCCCUCCGACUCCGAAUUCGAUAUGAGCUUGUGGAAUAACAGUAUGAUGGAUAUAUGGCCGCAGUUGCAGAAUCUCAGCAAAAAGUUUGGCAACCAAAUGCACGAUAUCUGGGAUAACUUCGGUCAAGACUUCAAUUACCCUGGCAAUACUCCCACCUAUGUCGAGGAAUACUUCGAGGAAGACAACACAGGCACCACCACCACAGCAACAGGCAUGACCAGCAGUUUUGCUGGUUUUAGCACUGGCCUCUUCGGCACUGUAGACACCGAAAUAGCGCCUGGCUCCAUACAAUGCCUACCCAUGCCCGGCCCCUUUCUGCCCUGCGCUGAUCUCUUCGACUGGUGGACUUUGCGCUGUGGCGUUUGGGUUGUCUUCCUGCUGGCGCUGCUGGGGAACGGCACCGUCGUUAUAGUGCUCAUGUUCUCCCGUUCCAAAAUGGAUGUGCCACGUUUUUUGGUAUGCAAUUUGGCUGCAGCCGACUUCUUCAUGGGCAUUUACCUCGGCAUACUCGCCAUAGUAGAUGCUUCAACAUUGGGAGAAUUUCGUAUGUUCGCCAUUCCUUGGCAGAUGUCGCUUAUGUGCCAGUUCGCCGGGUUCUUAGCCGUGCUCUCUUCGGAGUUGUCAGUGUAUACGUUGGCCGUGAUUACGCUGGAACGCAAUUACGCCAUAACGCAUGCGAUACACUUGAAUAAACGGCUGUCACUGCGUCAGUCGGCAUACAUUAUGGCGGUGGGCUGGACCUUUGCGCUGAUCAUGGCGGCUCUGCCAUUGGCUGGCAUCUCUGAUUACCGCAAGUUUGCCGUGUGUCUGCCAUUCGAGACGACAACUGGCGUGGCCAGCCUGACUUAUGUUAUUGCGCUGAUGUUCAUCAAUGGUUGUGCGUUUGUGACGCUUAUGGGCUGCUACCUGAAAAUGUAUUGGGCCAUCCGCGGUUCACAGGCCUGGAAUACCAACGACUCCCGCAUUGCGAAACGCAUGGCACUACUGGUCUUUACCGAUUUCCUCUGCUGGUCACCGAUUGCCUUCUUCUCCAUCACUGCCAUCUUUGGACUGCAGCUAAUCUCGCUGGAGCAAGCCAAGAUUUUUACAGUUUUCGUGCUGCCGCUGAAUUCGUGUUGCAAUCCUUUCUUGUACGCAAUUAUGACAAAGCAAUUUAAGAAGGAUUGCAUAACGCUGUGUAAGCACUUCGAAGAGGCGCGCGUAACACGUGGCGCCGGUGCCGCCGCUGCUACAGCACUCCCCGGUGGGCUUGGAAGGCGUGGCGGUGUGCGCGUAGCCAAAGAGCUGCCACCUUUGCUGCCUGCAGCGCAUCCGCCCGGCUGUCGGUGCUUGCGAAUGAUGCCCAAUGAAAUGCCCAAUUGGCAUAAGCUGCAGGAGCGUGAACGUGUUCGCCACACAUGGACGUCCAGUACAUGGCAUUGGUUGGCAAUCUGCUGUCAUUGCGCGGAUCCGGAUGAUGAUGACGAUGAUGAUGUGGAGACGCGUCAUCUCGGCGGUGGUCGUCGCCAACGGAAGUCGCAUAAGGCGAGUAAUCGCCAUACGCGUACGCGUUCGCAUAAUGCGGCAACAGAUCCGUACCUUUAUCAGUUUGCUGAGCUGAAACAGAAGCAGAAACAGACACGCGCUAGCUCGAUAUCUAGUGAGAAUUUCUGUUCAUCGCGUUCAUCUAGCUGGCGUAAUGGUCCACCGUCGGCAGGCGCGGUACCGCAUACUUGCAACGUACCACUCAAGAUGAUGGAUCCGAAUCGACGGAGACAUUCUGCGUGGCUGAUAACGCGAAAGACUUCGCAAGACUCUAACUUGUCGAGCUCUCGCAACGACAGCUCAGCUUCGGCGACCACGGCAAGCACUUCCACCUUCCGGUUAUCGCGCUCAAGUGCGGGCAGUACAACGCCAUUGCCGUCUAUAAUGGCUCAUAGCAGCAAAGCACAGCAACAACAACUACAACAGCACUCCACUCUACCCUCAAAACCGCGUCUCGUCCGUCAGGAGGCCGUUCAAGAGGAAGAAGACUCAUCUCCACCACGCCUUGGCGUACGCUUUCUACCCACUAUACCGUCGGCAGCAGAUAGUUCCAUUAUCAUGGAGGACGGCGACUCAGCCAUGAACGUAGCCAGUGUGAUGGGUAUGCCGCUGCCAGGUGCAGCGAGCGGUUUUUACACUGUGCUGCAGGCGCAAAGUGGUGGUGCGGCGAAAACACUGCUCACCUCGACGACGAGUCCACAAUUCGAUACACCGAAAGAAGAACAUCCACCAUGACACUGUUUGGGUUGGUUCGUCGGCGGGCAACAAAAGCGAAUGAGAAAACAAAAACCACCAAAACGUGAUAGCAACAAAAAAAGUGGCAUUAGUGAGGCAUUUCUCUAACGGACGUAUUGAAAUUUACUGUUCAUACAAAUAUACAUAUGUAUGUUCGAAUAAUUAAAUAUACAUAUGUACUCUUCGAACGCAUGCAUGGCAUAAGUAGUCAAUUUGUACAGUAGCUGAUAAUAAUGGCGUGUUUCUAAAUGUGUGAAUGUUUGUGGAUAUGUAACCGCAAAAGUACUUAAAAUAUUUUAAAUAUUUAAAAAGCUAAAAAAUGCUUAUAAAACAUAAGUAUGUAUGUACAAUAUAUAAGUUUAGCAAUACAGAUUCACACAUACAUAAAUAUUUAAGUGUGCAUUGAAAAGCAUGUUAUAGAAAAUAAGUAUUUAUUGCAUAAAAAUAAGCUAAACAUAUAUGUAUGUAUAUGUAUGCAUUCAGUUUUGCUGGCGCUAAAAUAGUACUUAAAUAACUGCGAAAAUUAUUUAUUUCAAAUACUUUUUAUCCUCAAAUAUACUAUGAUGAACUUUUGUUUUGUUGUUAUUUAUAUAUUUUAAAAAAAUUGUUUAUCGAUUAUUUUAAAAUUUUAAAGGUUUUUAUUGAUAUAUUGCCGCAUUGGUAUGACUUUUUUGCCAACUUUUUUGUCGAUUUUUGUCAAAACUCUAUAAAAUUGUAUUCGCGAAAAUUUUUUUCUAUGUUAGGUUUUAGAGAAAUGGCAAUAUUACCACUUCAAAAAUGUGUAAGAUUAGAUUCCCACAGAAAGCCGUACAAUUUGGUACAUUUUUUGAGUUUCAAAUUUAAACUAUGUUCAUACGUGCAUCUUAAUUUAAGAUAUUUAAGCAAUUAAGCUCUUAAAAGAAAAAAAAAAUCAGAAAGAAAUGACCAAUUCAAAAAUUUAAAACAUAAUCAGAAUACAUAUGUAUUUUUAAAAACUUAUCAGGUGCCGCACUAAAACCAUAAGAAAUUGGAUGGCGCGCCCACCGCAGACAGGUUUAUUUUAUUAGAAUCAGACAGCGCUUUUGGUAAUGUUGAUUAUGAAUAGGAAACACCAGCGGCCAUGGAGUCUGCACUCAGUCUCAGGCUUCGGUCUCAGGCAUGCCGAAGCAGAUGAUGAAAACACAACAACAACAGCCAAACAUAUAAUGUAUAAUUUCUUUUAUUACCCUGUGCGUUGCUGUAAUCAUAGGUACUGUAAAGCGGAAUUUCAAUCAAUCUUUGAAACUCAUAAACAAAAGAGCAUGUUUAGCUGUCAAAUGCCAAUUGUAUUAUCCAGUGAUGCUAUGCUAAAAAAUAAAUGCGAAGCAACAAAAGAAAAACGCUUUCUAACCCGGAAAAAUAGAAAAAAGGCCCUUUUUUAUUAAUUAUUUCUGUGUUAAAAAAAACGGAUCUUUCGAUUGCUAUGACUUAAACAAUAUUAAAAAUCACCAUCGUUGAUAAAAAUUACCAAUAAAUUUUCGUUUCGAAUUUUCGCCGUGAAAAUGGAAUAAUUUUAUAAAAUGCAUAGCCCGUGCAAAAAUCUUUGGAAAUCAUUGUUUUCAAAUUUGUUUCCCCAUUUUCUCUCUACUUCCAAGCUAGGCUAGGCACCGCUCAGCGCGCCUGGGACAUUUGACGUGAAUCGCCCCACAUACAUACGUUUGUUUUAUUUUUCUAUUUUACCCCUCAAACGCCUUAACAUCGAAAUACACAAACUAAAAAUAACUCCGAGCUGGAUUUUUUUAACAAAAAAUACCUUUUUUUGUUUUUUAAUCGACUUCACAAAACGGAGAAAGUAUCAGUUCGUCGGAAUAUUUAACCGAUUUCUAGAAUUCUUU